GAGGGCAGCCAAAUAUGAAAGCUGGAGGGAGCCGUGAUGAUGAAAGUGAUGAAUUUGGAAAUUAGGGUGGUGGCCUAUUAAGGGAGGGUUAGCAGCGUUUAUAAAUGGGAUCCCCAGCAGGUUGCACAGCUGCUUCCUCCUCACCUGGAUCUUCUGAAAGGCUUUGUUUUCAUACUCUAAAGACUUCUGAGUUCCUCUGAGUUGAACGUACUGUGCAGCCAUGGGAGACGCAGAGAUGUCAGUGUAUGGGAUAGCGGCCCCAUACCUCCGGAAGUCGGAGAAGGAACGUAUGGAGGCUUCCACACGUCCCUUUGACAUAAAGAAGGAAUGUUUUGUCCCUGAUGCAGUGGAAGAGUUUGUGAAGGCUUCCAUCACAAAUCGAGAUGGGGACAGCGUUACUGUGGAGACGCAGCAUGGAAAGACGGUAACUGUCAAAGACUCCCAGGUUCUGCAACAGAAUCCUCCCAAAUUUGACAAGAUUGAGGACAUGGCCAUGUUGACUUUUCUCCACGAGCCCGCGGUGCUGUUCAACCUCAAAGAGCGUUAUGCAGCAUGGAUGAUCUAUACGUACUCUGGGCUUUUUUGUGUUACUGUCAACCCCUACAAGUGGUUGCCAGUCUACAACCAAGAGGUGGUUGUUGCCUACAGGGGAAAGAAGAGGAGUGAAGCUCCUCCUCACAUCUUCUCCAUCUCCGACAAUGCCUACCAGUACAUGCUGGCAGAUCGUGAAAAUCAGUCAAUUUUGAUCACCGGAGAAUCUGGUGCAGGAAAAACUGUCAACACUAAACGAGUCAUCCAGUAUUUUGCAAGCAUUGCGGCUGGAGGAGUUAAGAAAGAUUCUAAUGCCAAAGACAAGGGUACUCUGGAGGAUCAAAUCAUCCAGGCUAAUCCUGCUCUGGAGGCCUUUGGAAAUGCCAAAACCAUCAGGAAUGACAACUCUUCUAGAUUUGGUAAAUUCAUCCGGAUUCACUUUGAUACAAGAGGAAAGUUGGCCUCUGCUGAUAUUGAAACAUACCUUCUGGAAAAAUCUCGAGUGACCUUCCAGCUCAAGGCUGAAAGAGAUUAUCACAUUUUCUACCAGAUUCUGUCCAACAAGAAGCCCGAAAUUCUGGAGAUGCUGUUGAUCACAAACAAUCCUUACGACUACGCCUUCAUCUCUCAGGGAGAAACACAAGUGGCCUCCAUUGAUGAUGCAGAUGAACUGAUGGCGACAGAUAAUGCAUUUGAUGUUCUUGGCUUCACACAAGAGGAAAAGAACUCUGCGUACAAGCUGACGGGUGCCAUCAUGCACUAUGGUAACAUGAAGUUUAAGCAGAAGCAACGUGAGGAACAGGCAGAGGCGGAUGGCACGGAAGAUGCUGACAAAUCAGCUUAUCUGAUGGGGUUGAACUCUGCUGACCUCAUCAAAGGUCUCUGUCAUCCAAGAGUGAAAGUGGGGAAUGAGUGGGUCACCAAGGGUCAAAAUGUUGCCCAGGUGUACUAUGCUGUUGGUGCUCUAUCCAAGGCCGUUUAUGAGAAGAUGUUUCUGUGGAUGGUGGUCAGGAUCAACCAAUCAUUGGAGACCAAGCAGCCUCGCCAAUACUUCAUUGGUGUUUUGGAUAUUGCCGGAUUUGAGAUCUUUGAUUUCAACACCUUUGAGCAGUUGUGUAUCAAUUUCACCAAUGAAAAACUGCAACAGUUUUUCAACCAUCAUAUGUUUGUGCUGGAGCAAGAAGAAUACAAGAAAGAAGGCAUUGAAUGGACUUUCAUAGAUUUUGGUAUGGACUUGCAGGCCUGUAUUGACUUGAUUGAAAAGCCCAUGGGUAUCAUGUCCAUCCUUGAAGAAGAGUGCAUGUUCCCCAAAGCCAGUGAUACAACCUUCAAAGCUAAGCUGUACGACAACCACCUGGGAAAAUCCAGCAACUUCCAGAAGCCCAGAAUAGUCAAAGGGAAACCAGAGGCUCAUUUUGCCCUGAUGCACUAUGCUGGGACUGUUGAUUACAAUAUCAACAACUGGCUAGUGAAGAACAAGGAUCCACUAAAUGAAACUGUUGUUGGACUUUACCAGAAGUCUACUCUGAAACUAUUGGCAUUACUCUUUGCAAAUUAUGCUGGAGCAGAUUCAGCUAUGGCUGAAGCUGGUGAAGGCAAGAAGGAGAAGAAGCGGAAGGGUUCAUCUUUUCAGACAGUGUCUGCCCUUCAUCGGGAAAAUCUGAACAAGUUGAUGACCAACUUGAGGUCUACUCAUCCCCACUUUGUACGCUGCAUCAUCCCCAAUGAGACCAAGACCCCUGGUGCCAUGGAGAACCCGCUUGUCAUGCACCAGCUGCGCUGUAACGGUGUGCUGGAAGGCAUCAGAAUCUGCAGAAAGGGUUUCCCAAAUAGGAUCCUCUAUGGAGAUUUCAAACAGAGGUAUCGCAUUUUGAAUCCUGCUGCCAUCCCUGAGGGACAGUUUAUUGACAGCAGAAAGGGAGCUGAGAAGCUCCUUGCUUCUCUGGAUAUUGAUCACAACCAAUACAAAUUUGGUCAUACUAAGGUCUUCUUCAAAGCUGGACUGUUGGGUCUACUUGAGGAAAUGAGAGAUGAACGUCUCUCCAAAAUCAUUACUGCCAUUCAAGCUAGAUCUCGUGGUCUUUUGUCUCGUAUUGAGUAUCAGAAGAUGGUGGAACGCAGAGAUGCUUUAUUAGUGAUCCAGUGGAAUAUACGUUCAUUCAUGGGGGUCAAAAAUUGGCCUUGGAUGAAGCUGUUCUUCAAGAUAAAACCCCUUUUGAGAUCUGCUGAAGCAGAAAAAGAAAUGGCCAACAUGAAGGAAGAAUUCCUGAAGUUGAAAGAAGCUUAUGCAAAAUCUGAAGCACGUAGAAAGGAACUAGAGGAAAAAAUGGUUUCUCUUCUCCAAGAGAAGAAUGACCUGCAGCUUCAAGUUCAAGCAGAACAAGAUAAUCUUUGCGAUGCUGAGGAAAGAUGUGAGGGGCUGAUUAAAAACAAAAUCCAGAUGGAAGCAAAAGCCAAAGAGUUAACCGAAAGAUUGGAAGAUGAGGAAGAGAUGAAUGCUGAAUUAACUGCAAAGAAGAGGAAGUUAGAGGAUGAGUGUUCUGAGCUGAAGAAGGACAUCGAUGACUUGGAGUUAACACUGGCUAAAGUGGAGAAAGAGAAGCAUGCCACUGAGAACAAGGUGAAGAACCUGACAGAGGAAAUGGCAGCUUUGGAGGAAGUUAUUGCCAGGCUGACCAAAGAGAAGAAAGCGUUACAAGAAGCUCAUCAGCAAACUUUGGAUGACCUUCAGAGUGAGGAAGACAAAGUCAACACUCUGACCAAGGCCAAAUCAAAACUGGAGCAGCAAGUGGAUGAUCUUGAAGGGUCUCUUGAACAAGAAAAGAAGGUUCGAAUGGACCUUGAAAGAGCAAAGAGGAAGCUGGAGGGAGACUUAAAGAUGAGCCAAGAAACUCUGAUGGACCUUGAAAAUGAUAAACAGCAACUGGAUGAGCGUUUGAAAAAGAAAGAUUUUGAAAUUAGUCAGCUGAAUGGCAAAAUUGAAGACGAGCAAUCCAUAAUAAUACAGCUACAGAAGAAACUGAAAGAGCUACAGGCUCGUGUCGAGGAGUUGGAGGAAGAGCUGGAGGCAGAGCGAGCAGAUCGAGCCAAGGUGGAGAAGCAGAGAGCAGACUUGGCCAGAGAGCUAGAGGAGAUAAGUGAGAGGCUGGAGGAGGCUGGUGGAGCAACAUCUGCCCAAAUUGAGAUGAACAAGAAGAGGGAGGCUGAGUUCCAGAAACUCCGCAGGGACCUGGAAGAGGCCACUCUGCAGCAUGAAGCCACUGCGGCCACACUGAGAAAGAAACAAGCUGACAGUGUUGCUGACCUUGGAGAGCAGAUAGACAACCUGCAGAGAGUCAAGCAAAAACUGGAGAAGGAGAAGAGUGAACUCAGAUUGGAACUGGAUGAUGUCGUCUCCAAUAUGGAACACAUUGUGAAAUCUAAGGUUUAUCUGGAGAAGACUAACAGAACUUUGGAGGAUCAAAUGAAUGAAUACAGGAAUAAGUGUGAUGAACAUCAAAGAUCCUUGAAUGACUUUAGCACACAGAAAGCAAAGCUUCAAGCUGAGAAUGAUGAGUAUUUCAGACAGCUAGAGGAGAAAGAAGCUCUCAUUUCCCAGCUGACAAGAGGGAAGAAUUCCUACAACCAGCAACUUGAUGAUCUGAAACGACAACUGGAGGAAGAAAUAAAGGCCAAGAAUGCAUUAGCCCAUGCUGUGCAGUCCUCUCGCCAUGACUGUGACUUGCUCAGAGAGCAGUAUGAGGAGGAGCAGGAGGCCAAGGCUGAACUGCAGCGGAGCAUGUCCAAAGCCAACUCGGAUGUGGCUCAGUGGAGGACUAAGUAUGAAACUGAUGCCAUCCAGAGGACUGAAGAAUUGGAAGAGGCUAAGAAGAAGCUGGCUCAGCGUCUGCAGGAUGCUGAGGAGGCUGUGGAGGCAGUGAAUGCUAAAUGUUCCUCCCUGGAGAAAACUAAACACAGACUGCAAAAUGAGAUUGAAGAUCUCAUGGUGGAUUUGGAGAGGUCAAAUGCUGCUGCUGCUGCUAUGGACAAGAAGCAAAGAAACUUCGACAAGGUUCUUUCUGAGUGGAAACAGAAGUAUGAGGAAUCUCAGUGUGAGUUGGAGGGAUCCCAGAAAGAAGCCAGAAGCUUGAGCACUGAACUCUUCAAGUUAAAGAAUUCCUAUGAAGAGUCCCUCGAUCAUCUAGAGACGAUCAAGAGAGAGAACAAGAAUUUACAGGAGGAGAUCUCUGAUCUCACUGAACAACUCAGUGAGGGAGGAAAGACCAUUCACGAGUUGGAGAAAGUUCGUAAACAACUGGAGCAGGAAAAGGGUGAAAUUCAGUCUGGUCUUGAGGAAGCAGAGGCAUCCUUGGAGCAUGAGGAGGGAAAGAUUUUGAGAGCCCAUCUUGAGUUCAACCAGAUUAAGGCAGAGAUGGAGCGCAAAAUUGCUGAGAAAGAAGAGGAGAUGGAGCAGUGCAAGAGGAACCUGCAGAGGACUAUCGAAACCCUGCAGAGUUCCCUUGAAGCUGAGUGUAGAAGCAGGAAUGAGGCCCUCCGUUUGAAGAAGAAGAUGGAGGGAGACCUCAAUGAGAUGGAGAUUCAGCUAAGUCAGGCCAACAGGCAGGCGGCUGAGGCUCAGAAACAACUCAAAUCUGUUCACACACAUCUGAAGGAUUGCCAACUUCAACUUGACGAGUCUCUUCGUGCCAAUGAUGAUCUUAAAGAGAACAUUGCCAUCGUGGAGAGACGCAACAUCCUUAUUCAGGCUGAGCUGGAGGAACUGAGAGCUGCUCUUGAGCAAACUGAAAGAAGUCGAAAACUUGCUGAACAGGAGUUGUUAGACGUUACUGAGAGAGUGCAGCUGCUGCACUCACAGAACACUGCACUUAUAAACCAAAAGAAAAAAUUGGAAGCAGAUACUUCCCAGCUUCAGAAUGAAGUUGAAGAUACAGUCCAGGAGUGCAGAAACGCUGAAGAGAAGGCCAAGAAGGCCAUCACUGAUGCCGCCAUGAUGGCGGAAGAGCUUAAGAAAGAGCAGGACACUAGUGCUCACCUGGAACGUAUGAAGAAGAACAUGGAGCAAACAAUCAAAGACCUGCAACACCGUCUGGAUGAAGCUGAACAAAUUGCGAUGAAGGGAGGCAGAAAGCAAAUGCAGAAGCUUGAGGCCAGGGUUAAAGAGCUGGAGAGUGAGGUGGAACUGGAACAGAAGAGGAGCAGUGAAGCCGUGAAGGGUGUUCGGAAAUAUGAACGCCGUAUCAAGGAACUGACUUAUCAGACUGAGGAGGACCGCAAAAACCUUGCCCGUCUUCAAGAUUUGGUCGAUAAACUGCAACUGAAAGUUAAAGCUUACAAGAGAUCUGCUGAGGAAGCUGAGGAACAAGCUAAUGUCCAUCUGGGAAAGUUCCGUAAACUGCAACAUGAACUGGAUGAGGCUGAAGAGCGUGCUGACAUCGCUGAGUCUCAGGUCAACAAGCUGCGCACCAAGAGCCGUGAUGCUGGCACCAAGAAAGGCUUUGAGGAAGAGUGAAGUUUCGAGUCUGCAAAAAACUUUUUGCUUGCAGUGUGAUGUAGAGCCCCUCAAAUAUCAGUUAUUCACCACCUGUAGUGUCUAAUAAAAACUUAUCCAGUAGUGCA